AUUCUUUUGUUCUGGCCGCCCACCAUAAACAUAUACUACUCGAACAAUAAUAAAGUGUAAGAAGAGACGCUUUUUCUAUACGCAGAUAUUUUCUUCACUGAAGAAAAACAAGGAAAAAAAAAAAGGAGGAGAAGGGGAAUGGCGGAGAUGAGAUGGUUUGAGUUGAAUAACAAGACAAAGAUUCCGUCAGUGGGUCUGGGAACAUGGCAAUCGGAUCCUGGUCUUGUUGGCGAUGCUGUUGCUGCUGCUGUUAAGAUGGGGUAUCGACAUAUUGAUUGUGCUCAAGUUUAUGGCAACGAAAAGGAGAUUGGGUUAGUUUUUAAGAAGCUCUUCCAAGAUGGUGUGGUGAAACGAGAAGAUUUGUGGAUUACAUCUAAGCUCUGGUGUAAUGAUCAUGAACCAGAAGAUGUACCUGUUGCCUUGGAUAGAACAUUGAAUGAUUUGCAGCUUGACUAUCUCGACUUGUACCUUAUGCACUGGCCAGUAAAGAUGAAGAAGGGAUCUGUCGGCUUUAAGCCUGAGAAUCUUGCCCCAGUAGAUAUCCCUAGCACAUGGAAAGCAAUGGAAAAACUAUACGAUUCUGGGAAGGCUCGAGCCAUUGGUGUUAGCAAUUUUUCUACAAAAAAGUUGGGAGAUUUGUUGGAUGUAGCACGCAUUCCCCCUGCUGUCAACCAAGUGGAGUGCCAUCCUUCAUGGAAGCAGACAAAACUUAGAGAAUUCUGCAAAUCUAAAGACGUUCACAUAACCGGAUAUUCACCACUUGGUUCUCCGGGAUCCACAUUUAUCAAAAGUGAAGUACUCAAACAUCCGGUUUUAGUUUCAGUAGCUGAAAAGUUAGGAAAAACACCCGCUCAGGUUGCUCUCCGCUGGGGUCUGCAAAUGGGUCAUAGUGUACUUCCCAAGAGUACAAGUGAAUCCAGGAUCAAGGAAAAUUUUGAUGUUUUUGACUGGUCAAUUCCCGAAGACUUGUUUUCUAAAAUAUCUUCUGAGAUUGAGCAGGCUAGGCUGCUGAGAGGUACCGGUUUUGUGGAUGAGACUCAUGGUUAUUACAAGACCCUUGAGGAACUGUGGGACGGUGAAAUAUGAACUUUAAAGCAUGCCUUUGUUACUUUCUGAUGUUAAGAUUCCUGAUAUUUCUUUAUGUAUCUUUUGGGAAAUCUUGAACUCAUGUGCCGUCCUGGAUUAUGUUCUUUGCUAUAGUAUUGAAUGAAUGUUUGAUGACUGUCAAAUUUCUGCA